UAAAAUGUCGCUGUUUUACGCUCAGAGUUCGGUUUGUAAAGACGCGGAGGAGCUGACGGAGCUGAGACAAUCCGCCGCGGACUUCUACCGACUGAACCAUGUCCCGGAGCACCUGGAGCGGGCCCUCAACGAGCUGUUCACCCGGAGACCGAGCGACCUGCACGGCUACCUGGCAGAGUUCUUCUCCGCUCUCUCCAGUCCUCCUCGGAUCAGCAGAGUUGAGGGUCUGGAGGUCCUGGACUCCAGAGGACAACCUUCAAUACUGGCCCAGGUCUACUGCAUCAUCAGGAACCACGAGAAGCUCGUCUCCUCUGCCUCUGUCGCCUCGUACUUUGGACCCAAAGACUCCAACAGCAAAGACCGGGCCGAGCAGGUGAGCAACGCACUGCAGUGGAUCCAGGAUUUGAACCAGCAACUCCAAGACCUCAGCCCUGAAGACCAGAGCCAGGUGGACCACAUACUGAGUGGUCUGUAUUUGUCUCGUCUUGAGGAGUUGUCAGAGUCUCAGCCCAAACCAGAUGACAGCACCAGCACCAGCCUGUCCAACAUGGCCGACACUCCAGCCCCCAGCAACAAGAAAGGUAAAAAGGGCUCCGCUGUAAAGCCCCCUCCUCCCCCAGAGCCCCCUGAGCUGCUCCUGUCCGGGGGUCUCUCUGUGGGGGCCCUGUCCCUGAGUGUGGCCCGAGGGGGGGCUCAGAGCAGAGGAGUGGCCCUGUACCAGCACAUAGCAAUGCUCAAGAGUACACAGCCCCCACCUCAGAUGCACAUCCCCUCUCUCCUCAUCUCUGUGCUCAGCUGUGGAAAAGCAUCUCCAGGGAAACUGAACCUGUUUGAAGAGGUCCUCCUGAUCCCCAAACCAGGACUGAGAGCCAGACAGGUGAUGCAGACAGCGCAGGAGGUGCAGAGAGAGAUGCAGAGGAUCGUGGGCUCUGGGAGUAAAGCCGGGGUCAGUGUUACUUUUGGUGCACUGCUGAGUGACUGUGGCGCUCCCUGUCUGAGCGCAGAGAAAGUGGAGCAGCCUCUGGACCUCCUCUCCGAGGCCUGUUCAAACCUGGAGCUGAACCUGGGAGCAGAGCUGUUUGUGGGGCUGAGCUGCGCCACACCCAACCUCUAUGAUCACUCCAAAGGUAAAUACGAGGUUAGCUCUGGUCUCCUCAAGACUCCAGACGAGGUGGUGGAUCUGCUCCAGGCUCUGCUUCUCAAAUACCCCAGUGUGGUGACCGUCAUAGACCCCCUCAGGAGAGAGGAUGUGGAGCAGUGGAAGCGUCUUGCUGCAUCCGUCUCAGAGUCCUGUUCUCUUCUCAGCGACAUCACCUUCAGAGUACAAGCCCCACCUCCUCCAGGGGUCAAAGGUCAUGUCCUCAAACACGUCAAUCAUGUGACCAUCAGCGACCUCAUCCGAGUGAGCACUGAGCAAGAAGGGUCUGUGGUACUGGGACCGGCCUACAGUGAACCCUCCUCUGACCCCGCCCUCCCCGACCUGGCGGUGGGUCUGGGUCUGGACUUCCUUAAACUGGGAGGACUGAGCGGUGCGGAGAGAACGACUCGAUUCAACCGCCUCCUCGCCAUCGAGGACGAGCUGCAAAGAGAGGGAUGCCUCGUUUUGAAAGACAAGCUGCUGCCCCCGAUCUUCCCCCAAAGACCAGAGCAGAACCCAGAUCCAGACCAGGAUACAGACCAGGGUCCAGAGCAGGAUCUGGACCAGGAUCAAACCCCUCCUUCUGAGUUCAGCUGA